AGGGAAUAUGUCAUUCCAAACGAACUUGUCAAUCAUCAAUUUGACGCCUUACGACUGGACGGGAUAUACGCUUGCAGAAACCACGGGUCUCAUAGAAUGGGACUUUCCCAAGACUUUGGCAUCCGGUGACACAUAUGAAGCAUCUAUAGCCGUCGACACUUCUCAAGGAAGCAACCCAACAAAAGCGCAAGCCGACUGGCCCUUUUCAUGGAUCGACCAAGCUCACCCCGUGGCUGACCUCAAGAUUUCCGUUUCCGGCGAAGGCGACGGCGACGGUGGAGGAUACGAGUACGCCAUCAACGCCGUGCUGGACCAAUUCGGCACUCAACGAAACCCCAAAGGCUCGACAAUCAGCAUCCCACUGUACGACCAAGCCUGGUCCCCGUUCCUGCUCGUGGGCGACAACACCAGCCUCGCCGGCAACAAUCCUCCUUUGGACUGGAUGGAGCAGAGCCUGCCGUUCAUCGGGUGCCUGACGUUGCAGGACAUUGUGCUCCCCGGCUCGCACGACGCGGGCAUGUCGCAGAUCAACUACGCACACGGCGGCGACUCGGACAACUCCCAAACACAAACGCUGUCGGUCGGGGGUCAGCUCGAGGCCGGGAUGCGGUACUUUGACAUCCGGCCGUCCAUCUCUCACGGCCAGUUCUACACGGGCCACUACACCGAUCAGCUCGGGGCCAACGGCGAGUCCAUGGCCGACAUCAUCUCCGACGUCAACGCCUUCACGGCCAAAGGUUUCAACGAGCUCGUCGUCCUCGAGCUCAGCCACAGUCUCGACACGGACAGUGGGUACGACGCUUUCAACGACGCGCAAUACAAGAACCUCCUGACCCAACUGUCGGGACUCAAGUAUCUCUACACCGGGCACGCGUCGGACGUUCUCACGACGGUGAAACUGGGCGAGUUCAUAUCGUCGAGUCCCGCCGUGGUCGUGGUGUGCGACGAGCGCGACCUGAACUGGUUGUCCACCAACAAGUUUUCGGGCAAGGGAUUCUACGGACCGGGACAGCUGCCCGUGUACAACAACUACGCCGACACGACCGACCUAGACACCAUGAGGCAGGACCAGUGGACCAAGUUUAGCUCACAGGUCGAAACCCCCCAGACCCCGAACCAGUUGUUCCUCCUCAGUUGGACCUUUACCCAGGACGUGCUGGGAGCGAUCGGGAUAGGGUUCGGCGGCGCGACCGAAGACGGUACGUCGAUCCUCGAGUCGGCCACGUACUUUAACAACUUCCUCGCCCAGACCGGCGGGACCGUGCCGUACACGGGGCCCCUGGAGUGGGCCAAGAAGGCCGGAAAGCCACCCAACAUCAUCCUGAUCGACAAUGUGCCGACGGACAACAGGUUCCUGGCGACCUUGUGCCUGGGCAUGACGAGGUGGUUCAACCGGCAGCAAAAGUGUUGAAACGUCUUGAACGAAGCACCGUUGUGUACAGAUGUCUUCAAGGUGUCUGCCUGUGCGGGAUGAAUUUUAUCUAUGCGUCUAUUGAUACGUGGAAUUUAUCAUGGUUUGUGGGUCACUCGGACUUUUGCUAGAGGAGAAAUAGGAUGCCAGAUAAUUUUGGAACACUCUCCAUUUGGGGUUGGACAUUACGUUGGGAUAUUGAUACUGGGCGCUGGAAUCGUGUUUGGGUAUUGAU